CUAAUAACUUGUACAAUCUCCGAGACGCUCGUAACACAAACAGGGGGAGAGAACAGAGAAAAGUAUAUAAAUCGAAUCGAAAAAGCACGAGAAAGAACAUCGUAUCCGGGUAACACGAAUGGCGCAACUUGGAGUCCCAUUCAAGUUACAACAAUGCAAACUCUCUCAUAUUCAACAAACUCACCCACACACUCGCUAUUCCUUCUCUCACUCUCUCUCUCCUCUUCCCACCUUCACCACCAAACCUUCUCGCCAUGCCCACCCCUUGUCCACGCUUCGUUCCCGCACUCUCGUCGCACGCUGCAGCUCCAACAAAUCAGAUAUAAUGUCGCAAUUGGAGCUUGGGAAACCCGACCCCAAGGGGAAACCCCACAAACGAGUCAACGGUAUAUUCUGGAUCAUUCUCCUCAACAUUGCUGUAUUCGUUGCUGACCACUUUUUUCAGGUUAAUGGGAUCAAGGCUUUGUACUUAUUCCACAAUUGGCCUGCUUGGUACCAGUUUGUCACAGCUACAUUUUGUCAUGCUAAUUGGAAGCAUCUUUCUAGCAACCUUUUCUUCUUGUACAUUUUUGGAAAGCUUGUUGAAGAAGAGGAAGGGAACUUUGCUUUGUGGCUCUCUUACAUUCUUACUGGUGUAGGAGCAAACCUUGUUUCAUGGCUGGUUUUACCAAGAAAUACGGUUUCUGUUGGAGCUUCUGGUGCUGUUUUUGGGUUGUUUACUAUUAGUGUCCUUGUAAAGAUGUCCUGGGAUUGGAGGAAGAUCCUUGAAGUGCUUAUAUUGGGUCAGUUUGUAAUAGAAAAGGUCAUGGAAGCAGCCCAAGCUUCAACAUCAUUAUCAGGAACCUUUCGUGGAGGCUAUGCAUUACAGAGUGUAAAUCAUAUUGCACAUCUUUCAGGUGCUCUUGUUGGUGUGCUUUUGGUUUGGCUACUUAGCAAAGUUCCUUCUGAUCCUUCAGACCAAUAAUCCACGCAGCUCAACAAAACAAGCCAAACUACUAGUGUACCUUUGCUAGACCAAUAUUUCAAAUCACAAUUUUCCUAUUUCUGUUGAUACUGGGCGUCCAAAUAACAUCAAUAUAUCAGUUGUAGGGGCAUUGUCUUGUUAAGAACGCUCACUGUAGCUUUGUUGUUACAGACACCUUCGUAUUGAGAAGGAUUCUGUUUAAACCCAAAAGUUUAUUGAAUGUCUAUGGAAUUGUAUAUAGCGAGGAAUAUUGUUGCUCACAUAAAUUUUAUGCUCAUAGUUUAUGCUAUUACAUAUUUUAAAAAUAAAUGUAAUAUCAGUUAAGGUCCAGUUGGGCAAAUGCAUAUAACUGUAUUACUUAUGCC